AUGGAUUGCUGUAAAUUAUACCUUAUAAGUUAUUCAUAUGAUGAUUUAGAUUUGGCUAAAAAUAAAUUUACAACUUACACUACCUCACUGAUACCACCUGUGCUUGUAACUCGCUAUAAAAAAUUACGCUGCAUAUUUACUAAGUUAAUGAAAAUUAGUGAAACAAUUGAAGACGAUUUUGUCUAUUCAAAAAGUAACCAUUAUACAGAACGUUUACAUGAAGACUGUGAACACCAUUAUCCAAAAUUACAUCCAAGAAAUCCUGUUUUAGAUCUAAAAUAUUCUUAUGCAUAUGAACCGUCAACAUAUUCAGCAUCUUCAAUUGAAUGGUAG